AUGCCGAGCGGAUCAGUUGGCGUGAGCACCGCAAGCGGCUCACGGCCCCCGCCUGCGCCUUUAACUUCCGAUGGGGUUGCAAUGCCUCCCUUGGAAGCACGCUGGGUGCACACGGGAGCCAAGUAUCUCCAGUUGCUUCCAACGCCCAUCACUGUAGCUGAGACUGAGUACAAAGCGUUUUCCGAACUUGAAAACCAACGCAUCGAAGCGGCUUGGGAAGCGCUGUCCCAGGAGAAGCGUGUGGAGAUCGUUUCGCAGUGGGGCCGCGGAGAUGGCGAAGGUUCCGAGAAAGCAAGCCAGUCUAUGAAGAGCAAGAGUCCCGCGAGACCGGCUACUCCAUUGGUGGACCCCGAUGGCGCAGGAGACUUACCUUCUGACACCGAGAUCCUUGAGUCGGAUGCGGAAGAGGAGCAACCACGGAAGGACGAACAGUACAGAGCCAUCAUUGAACGUAACUAUCAUGAUCCGGAUAAGCUCGACGUGGUCGAGGGUGUCGCUGAUGCCCUCUUUGAAGUAGACCUGAAUACGCUUUCGCUCCAUCCGGUUUUCUGGCCGCAAUCCGGUAGCCGUAUCCCAGUACUUCGCGGGACAUGGUUCAUGGGCGACAGCAGCAAACCUUGCACGUGGGAGUUAGCGCGUGAGCUGGAGAAGGCAUAUCAACACAUUCGGCCCUGGACUCAAGCCUACGAGGAAGAGUAUAAAAGAGCUGCGAGCCAGGGCGCUGUAGGAGAGGAAAAGCUGAAGUACGCGCUUCCCGACAAAUUCGGUGAAGGCCUAAGCAUCAUCUUUCACGAUGACACCAAAUGCCGCGUCUUGAGAUCUGGCACUUUCGACAACUUUGCCAGGGCACUUUGGUCAUCGCUUGGCACGACCCCAGGUGGAACUUUCAUCUAUCGCGGAUACAGCAACGCUUCGUCCAUAUCAGAGUCCGAACAGUCCAAAGGUAACGGCACAAAACCUCAGCAUGCGCCAGACGAACUAGUGUCGAAUCAGCAUUGCUCCCAGGCGGAAGUGGAGUUGCCCUCCUCCGUAUCCGAUCUGGCUGAUAUGCAGAUGGCGGCACAUGCUGAUGAUAACGGGGACAAAGGUGCAAACUUUGUGCAGAAUGCCUUCAAGCGGGUGCAGGAGGAGCUUGACACGAAGAAGAAAUCGCUGCAGGAAGAGAGUGGCCCUGUCGUCAACGCGCAGCAUGACGACGAACCAUGCACGGAUCUCAUCUUGGUCAUCCACGGCAUCGGGCAGCAUUUGGCGGCUCAGUACGAGUCUUUCAACUUUAUUUACGCCAGCAAUCAGCUCCGACACGGUCUGCGAAAACAAGCGCUGGACCCUCGCUUUGCCUCCCUCCUUGACAAGCGUCGCUGCCAAGUGCUUCCUGUUCAGUGGAGGGCCAAUUUGAAGUUGGAAAGCGACGAUUAUGUGGAGAGCGAAAGGAACGAGCGUGACAACGUGUUCACGGUCGCUGACAUUACGAUCGGCAAAUCGAUUCCUUACGUCCGAGAGGUGACAAAUUCGGUGCUCCUCGACAUUCCGCUGUUCAUGUCGGAUCACCGGCAACGCAUGAUCGAGGCAGUUUGCCAACAAGCUAAUCGCCUUUAUCGUCUCUGGGUGGCUCGUCACCCCCACUUCGAGGAAAACGGCCGGGUUCACAUUGUCGGGCACUCACUUGGUUCUGCUCUAGCAGCUCACAUCUUGUCGAAUCAGCCUACACACGUUCCGAAGUUGUCGGACAUGCCUAAGGCCGCUCUGAAUGAUGCCAAGGAUCGCUUCAUUUUCAACACCCAUAACGUCUAUCUGGCCGGUAGCCCGCUCGGCGUCUUCCUGCAGCUGCAGCAAGCUCACAUCAUUCCCCGCUAUGGUCGCGAGAGGACUAUGAAUGCGAUGCAAUUGACCGGCCAGUUUGGAUGCAUGGCCGCCGACACCCUGUACAACGUGUUCUAUCAAACGGACCCGAUUGCGUACGCUCUGAACGCCGCCGUAGAUGUCAAGCUGGCGAGGGAACGUCCUCCAUUGCCGAUCCCUGCGGUCACUUCUUGGUCGCUUCCCCUGCCAUCAAUGCCAUCAAUGCCUUCGAUGCCAUCCAUGACGGCAGUCAUGGAGUAUCUGCCUACUUAUUUAGGAGGCGGCGAAGGCAAGAAAAAGCAGCCCCCGUCAAGUCCCUCGACAGAGAAAUGCGAGGAUGUUAAUUCAAUGGAGCAGAAAGAACCUCUUGGCACGUUGGCUGAGAGGAGGUUCGCAGCACUCAACCCGCGUGGAUCGAUCGAUUUCUACCUACCUACUAUCAGCGUUAAUGAUUACCUGGACAUGAUCACCGCCCACGGCAACUAUUGGAGCGAUCCAAACUUUGCGGCCUUCUUGCUGAGCGAAACUUGCGCUUCAGCGGUCUCAAAUGCAGGCAAGGCAGGUGAAGAUGGUCUAGAGAGAUUACCGGUCAACCCGUAG